ACCUGUGUGGGGAAGUGAAAAUAGAAAUAUUGUAGGUAUGGCUUUGUCUAAACCACUAUCUGGUAAUUUAGAAAUAUUUUCUUGUCCAAUUUGCUCUGAAACAUUCAAGUCGCCGAAAAUACUACCAUGCUUACAUACGUUUUGUGAACCAUGCAUACACGAGUUUAUUCUGUCGAUUGGACGCAAAAAAGACAACAAAAUAUCAGAGUUUGCAUGUCCAAUAUGUAGGACAGUGGUGAUACCAAACAAUUCAAACGAGGCCAUUGAAAAAUGGGCAUGUUCAUUGCCGCACAAUACCACCAUAUCAACAAUGAUCGCGUUAUCAAAAGGAGACAAAACACAGGAGUGUCAUGCUUGUAAACGAUGGAAUGAAAAAUCGAAUGCCAAGUUUUGGUGUAAGAUCUGCGAAGAGGCUCUAUGUGAAAAGUGUAAUCAAAUGCACAGCCGAAUGAAACUGUUAUCCGCUCACGAUGUAGUGGAAAUUGAGGAAUAUGGCUCGAACUCAACUGGAAUAGAUUUAAAUGGUAUCUCUAAACACUGUCAUUUUCAUCCUUCAAAAGAAACUGAAAUAUUUUGUUCUCGUCAUAGAGAAUCGUGUUGUGUUUCGUGCUUAAGUACAAAACAUAGAAGAUGUACGGGACUGAAAUCAAUUGAAGACGUUUUGAGCGAGGACAAUACUUAUGAAGACCUUCCAGAGAUUCUCGGAAAAGUAAAGGACUCCACAAUCAAACUUCUAAAGGAAAAAGAACAACAUAAGUCAGACUUUAUUACAAAUACCGAGAACAUCGAGGAAGAAGCAGCCAAAUUCACAGAAAUGACCAAAUGUAAUAUAGACAAUUUGUUUGAUCAGUUCAAGAAACAAUUACAUAUAUUUCGUGAUGAACAGAACACUAACUUUAAUGUUCGCCUACGUUUAUUGGAACAAUUUGACAAGAGUCUUGAACACUGGAUGCGUGUUACGAAAAUUGUGAAUGAAUUAGGGUCAAGCACUCAAUUGUUUGGUCAUGUAGAAACAAUGAGAAGCCAAAUUAAAGCGAGUAUCGUAGAACUUAGUACAACAUUUCAGAAUGAUAAUCUAAUCACGCUAACAUUAAAAAAGAAUGAAAUAGUUGAACAGUUACAGAUUACAGAGAUAUUAGGCACCUUAGAACAAACCAAAGAACUCUUAGUAGAUCAGACUGGUGAUCUCUACAAAUUGUGUAAAGAACUGGGUGUAUCGACCGGUUAUACAUUUGAAGGUGGGUAAUAGUUGGAGAUAAAGCUGGCGAGAAUAAAAUUCAUUUGCUUGAGAGGCAUACCGGAGCUAUAAUUAAUUCGACGGUAUUUGCUGGAAAACCAAAACGAUUAUGUUAUGAUUUUACAUUUGAUCAAGUUUUCAUUUCUUGUCAUAGGGAAAAUUUGUAUGUUACCACAAUACGUGAAAAUAAAGUUAAAAAACCGCAGGAAAUUGCCUUUGAUAAGGAAUUAGUAGGCACAUUAUUUUCUCAUAAUCAUUGUAUUUUCUUGGUAGUGGAGAACGCAAUUAAAAAGUUUGCUACAACAUGUAAUCCGAGCAACAUACUAGGUAACAUGGAAACUUGUUUUUCAACAAACACUAAAGGUGCAUCAAAUGGUAUGAAUAUACAUGACGGUGAUAUUAUUUUCACAACAAAGGACAAAGAAAUUAAACGUGCGACAUUAGAAGGCAAAGAAAUAUUUUGCUAUAAAAACGAAAAGAUUGAGACUCCAGAAUGUCUGGCUGUGUUAUCAACUGGAUUGGUCCUGUUUGUAGAUCGACACAACAAAGGUUCAUUACACGUUCUAUCUGCUGAUGGUACAAAACAUAGAACAUUGAUUGAACAGUUUGAGAAGAUAGAAAAUCCAAAGGACAUAUGGCUGGAUGUGGAUGAUGAAAGUAUAUACAUAGCUGGUAGAGAGUAUAUCGAAGUAUAUUCUCUUUAUUAGUUGUAACUAGAGUUUAGUAUGGCGCGUAUUGUUUACCGGCAUAUGUUUUCUAACUCAUGUAUUUGAAACAUUCAUAGAUCAUUGACUUAUUUAAUUAGAUUAUGUACUUGUA